AUGAAGCCCUUGGACUCAGAUGAGUGUCGGCACAAGCUGCUCUUCGGAGAUGGCGUUGUCUAUGACUUCAAGACAGGCGAACAUCGCCCUGUACAGUCAGAUGACCGCAUGAGGCUGGCCAUGGCGUGUCCCUUCAAGCUGUGGGUCCCUCCGCCAGGCGCCCCUGACAUCACCCAGAAGCUUUGCAAUUGGCUGCCCCGGGCACACGGGGCGUUGCAAGAUGACGAGUUGGGCCGGGAGAUCCUGGCUGACUUGCAGCAACUGUCCAAGGAAUGUGCUCUUCUGAAGCUCCUUUUUGAAACUUUUGACUGCUGGCACACCACGGUCCAUUUUCUCCGCAAUGUUGCUGUUAUGGCCAGCGCAGCAGCCAACUUCAACUUCCUGAACUGGGUCACUGGGGCUGGAGGAGCAGCCAAGGACACCCUCUUGUCCAUUGUCCUGACAGCUUUCGGGGAGGAGGGUGACCAACUCGGCUUUUGCGAGAUGGGCCGCAAGCUCACAACAGCAGUCGACCAGCGCAACAGCGUGAACCCGGUCUUGGACGCCGUGCGCGGAAAGCGCUUCAUGUGGUUUUCCGAAGCACCAGAAGCAGGGCUUGUCACAGACUUGCCGAAGAUGUUGUGCGAGCAGACUGGAGCAAGCCUCAGAGCCGGGAAACGCCAGCAGCUUCAGCAGUUUCAUCCCAUGGGCUUGAUGUGGUUCACCUCCAACUUUGCCCCAGGCUUCAGGGAUGGGGGCAUCCCCACGCCUGCAGAUCUUUGA